AUAAAAGAAAUUCGGCGCCCCUCGAUUGGUACUAGUCUUGAUCCGGCGGUGCUGAGGAUAACUUUUCAACUGUCAACUUCCAGUGGUUUGUUGAACAAUCCAAAGAAACAUCAAACAUGAAAUUCUUCAUUGUGACGAUCGCCCUGUUCGUGCUAGCGCUGGCUCUGGUGUCCGCGAUGCCAGCCGUCAACGACGAAUCGCUGCUCGGGGGAGGUGACCUGUACGAGGCGGAAGUCGACGACACCUUCAAUCCUCAGGAUCCGCAAGCCUUCUUCAAGCUGAAGAAACUGAAGAAGCUGCUGUUCUUGGGUUAGGAGGAGCGCAAUUCCCAACAGAGGAAUCUAAAACCAAAACGACACCUUCAGUUUUGCUGCCCUAGUUCGCUUUAGCUUUAACCUAGAAUAAGCAGGAAAAAAAAAUUGCAUAUCAAACAGUCACAACCCCAUCGCGAAUCACCAAAACCAGCCGGAAUCCACAGACAGAUAAUCGGAGUCGGGAAAGUUUUUAGUCAUUUUGUCCAACAUUUUUCGCGAGCCAUCUGUGAAUCCUGGAAAGGUCAUCGGAUUUCUCCUCCCGAAGUGUGUAGUUGAAGAAGACAGAAAAAAGCAGAAACCUCACAUCAACAAAACGGAUCUAAAGUUAUUUUUUUUUUUUUGU